AAAAAGUUUCAUGAAGCGCACUGCUUCAUGAGCAACAGGCUCUCGAGUCUUUAGCUUUUUAUUUACGUCUCUUUCAUUCUUUAUUAACGGUUAUGUGUGAAAAACUCUGCUGACAGACAUGUCGCAAAGGACAUACAACAGGAUGUGGUUCGAUGCCCAGGAAAAGUUGAGCUCUCUGGUGUCUCAGGAAAUUGCUGUUCUGUCUGCCGAGCCAGAAAAAGACAGGGUUGUGUUCUUCCAGCGUGUGGCACUACUUUACAUGCGCUAUCUACAGAUCUUCAGACAGCUGGAGAAUGCUUAUGACUUUGUGAUCCACCCUCAAAAGAGACGACUCAUUCGGAUAAUUUUGGAGGGAGUGAUGGGGCGGGUUUUAGAGUUGAAGAACGAAAUGGUGAACAUUGAAUAUUCCGAGUACCACUACAUGGAUGAUAUCAUCCUCGACUUGAAGCUUACACCUGCAGACCUUGAAAUCCCGAUCCCUCGCUUUUUCACAAGUGAAAACAACAAAGAAUCUCAAGAGCAAAAGUUGAUGCUUUCAAACAUCUUUAAAAUGGUGGGAAGCACUGAAACCCUCAAAACUGCACUGGUUCAAGACCUGAGUCAAGAGGACGCUGUAAAGAUCAUUCAGGUGAUGGAAAGAGCCAGACAGGGGCGACUUAGGGCAUUUUUGAAAAAAAGCAGGAAUAUGGGGCGAAUCCAUCAGGCUGAGGAACCAGAUGAAACUACCAUUGAGUUGGCUGCUGUCUGCAUUCAGAAGUUUUGGAGAGGGUAUGCAGAAAGGAAGACGAUCAAGGCUGCUCGGAAUGAAGAGAUGAUAUUUCUUGGAAUGGCCAUGGAUCCAAAAUACCAGGGCCAAACUCCUGCAGAAGUCACUGCUGCAACUCAUGAAGCUUCCACACAAGCUAAACAGGAGGAAUAUGAGAAAGACUACCAGCAGUCCAUAGAGACCAUCACAAAACAACUACGGGAUAUGGAGGGGCCUGACAUAAGUGCAACCAUGAAAGACCAGAUCCGACAGUGGUUCAUUGAAUGUCGUGAUGCUACGGGGUCUUUUCCAGACUACCCAGAUGCAGAGGAAGGAGGCUCAGCUCUCAUUUUUACUGAAAAAUCUCCUCAGCAGUUAAUGGAAGAAAAUGCUGCAAAUGAAGCCGAGGACUCCCACAACAAAACAAAAGGAAAGCAGGAAAAGAAGGAAAAAGGGAAGAAGGACAGUAAGACUAAUGGCAACCAAGAAGUUAAGGAAGGACUGGUGAUGCGACCGUCUGCUUUUCUGGCAGAUUUGGAAGCUGGAAUCAAGUCAUUUGUUGAUGUUUGGAAGAACCGUGAUGAGUCCAGCAACCCCAACCAAAGACACAAUGUGGAGCUGAUCAAAGAAGAAAUGAGGAAAGUCAUAGAGGCAGAGAUUCGAGUACAGGUGGAUGAAGACAUGAGACAAGAGUUGGCCAACUGGAAGCUAGCUGUGGAUAAAGACAAAGGUGGUGAAAGCAAAGGACAUGCUAAGAAAAAUAAAGGAGCAAAAGGUGAAAAGGAGAAAAAGGAGAAAGAUUUGACUGCUCAUAGGACUCUUGAGUCUCUGUGUCAGGAGUUGGUGGAACAGGGCUUGUUGAAACAGGCAGAUGAUGUCAGGCUGCAGGAUUAUUUGGGUGACUACAACUAUCUUGGUACCACUCUGAGGCAAAAUGAUAUUGAGCCAAUGCCGUCCUUAUCAGAUGUGCGGCAGGUCUUAGCUCUGCAUGCAGUUUUACCUUUAGGCUCCUCAGUGGUACACGAGAAAGCUCCCUUGAUAAAGGCUGUCCUGCUGGUAGGGCCAUCAGGUGUGGGUAAGAAGAUGCUCGUCCACGCUGUCUGCCAGGAGACGAGUGCCAGCUUGUUUGACUUGUCACCUGUCAAUACAGCAGGAAAAUACCCAGGCGAGACUGGCCUCACCAUGAUGCUUCACAUGGUAUUUAAGGUAGCAAAGCUGAUGCAGCCAUCAGUUAUCUGGAUUGGAGAUGCAGAGAAAAUGUUCUAUAAGAAAGUUCCAAAGGAAGACAAAGAGUUGGAUCCAAAACGCCUGAACAAAGACUUACCAAAGUUUCUCAAGUUGAUCAAAGGGGAGGAUCGAGUUCUGGUUGUUGGAACAACAAAUAACCCACUAAAUGCUGACAUCAAGCCACUAUGUAAAAUGUACAGCAAAAUUAUCCUCAUCCCGAGACCCGAGUACGGCUCAAGAUACAUCUUGUGGAAACAACUGAUCAAAAAGUUUGGAGGUGAGGUGACAGGGGCUCUGGACCUCAGCUCCCUGACCAGGAUUUCAGAUGGUUACACUCCAGGUCACAUAGUAAAGGUGAUCCAAAGCAUUCUUACCAAGCAUCGCAUCAUGCAGCAAGCAAAGAGACCAGUGACAGCAGCUGAGUUUGUUGCCCCAUUAUCCAAGAUUGAUCCAGUGUUUCAAGAAGAGGAGGAGGCACUUAAAAGUUGGUAUACUAAGACUCCUCUGGGAAAACUGCGGAUGGAAGCUGCUACAGGGAAGGAAGAUGAGGAAGUACUGCAGAAAGGCAAAGUUGCAAAGAAAAAAGGGAAAAAAUGAAUUUUUGUUGGUUUUGUUUUUUUACCUGAAUGUUCUAAUGUUUACAUCUUACAAAAACUGAAGCAUCUGUUUUGUUCUUGAUGUGUGUUGUUGCCAUUUGGAAGAUAUUACUAGUUAUAAAGCAAUGGAAAAUAUUUUUUCUCCAUUUUGACUUUUUGCAUAUUUCUCACACAUUACUGAUUCAGACAUUCACACAGUUUUUAUUAUAAGACAAAGUCAGCAUGUUGAAGCACAAAACACAUGGUUUAUAAAACAAUUUUGUGUUGGCAGGGGUGGAUAAGUUGUGAGUGCGCUUGGUUUCAGUGCAGAAGGUUUCCUGUUCAAACCCCAUCCCUGCCAGUUUCCCCAUGUAAUGUAGAGUUGUGUCAGGAAGGGCAUCCAGC